CGGUCCUCUCUUCUUCCUUCAUCACUAUAUAAUUUUUUAUUACAUUUUUUCAGUAGUUACYAUACUUGCUAGUUUACUACUUAGUACUUACUAGUUACUAGUUAGUACGCUGUACGCUAGUCCUAGUUCAGUCUUUAAGCUUUCACUGUAAGUUAAUUUCGUACGUUCUCGCAAUAUUCCUCUAUUUAUAAUUUUUUAUUUAGUUUAUACUCACUAGUCAUAGGUCGUUCUCUGAUAUAUAGAGAUACUGUUGCAGUACUGCGGUUCAUCAAUAUUUUAUCUGCGACCACAGACACCGAUUCCUGGACGUCUAUUAAGAAUUAGACAUCUUGAACAUAAAUAUACAUUUCUCUAUCUACUGCUGUUUAUUGUAAACAAAAUCAGGCGUUGUAGAAAAGAACUAUGGGAAUCAAUUUUGAUUUUUGUAUUCAGAAUAUAAAAAAAAAACUUAUUUUGAAUGACCAACUAUAUGGAUUUGACAAAGAACAAAAUGAACUCUUACAGAUUAUUAAAAAAACUACUGAUUUUGGAGAAAGUGACUCAGCGAUUAUUCUUGGACCUCGUGGAUGUGGAAAAUCAAUGUUAAUGGACUCGGUUAUUAAAUCUCUUUCACCUGAUUCACAUACACUUGUAUUAUUAAACGGUCUCAUUCAUACUGAUGAUAAUUUAGCACUUAAAAGUAUUAUACAACAACUCCAAAUGGAAAAUUUGGAUGGGACUUUUGCUGAAGGAUCUUAUGCUGAUAAUAUUAGUUUUUUAUUGGAGAGCUUCCGUGCAGGAAACAAAACAGCUUCAAAAUCAAUUAUUAUGGUAUUAGAUCAAUUUGAUAUGUUUUGUUCUCAUACUAAUCAAACAUUAUUGUAUAAUUUGUUUGAUUCUGUUCAAUCUCAACAGAAUCCAUUGUGUAUUAUUGGCUUAACAUCACGUAUUGAUGUUAUUGAAUUACUUGAAAAACGAGUCAAAUCUAGGUUUUCCCAUAACAUAAUGAUGUUGAAACCUCUAUCUGAAACUAGUCAAUUAUUAGAAAGAUUUAAACAUUAUCUUACAAUCAACAAACAUUGUAAUUUAAAAGCCGAUGUUUUGAAAAACUGGAACAAUAAUAUUGAAUCAUUAAUAUCAGAUGUAAGAAUACAAAAUUUGAUUAAGGAUCUUUUAAAAUCAAGCAACAACAGUGCAAAAUUUAAUCAGCUAAUUUUUAUGUCACUUUCAAAUUUAUCAAAUGAUAGAAUAUUGACUGUUGAAAAUUUAACAAAUACCUAUUCUACAUUAUUUAAAAAAGAUAUGAUUCUUGUCAAUUUAUUAGGGCUAUCAGUUCUCGAACUUUGUUUAGUGAUUUCAAUUUGCCAUCACUCAGAAAUCUAUGAUCAAGAACCAUUUAAUUUUGAAAUGAUUUAUGACCGUUAUUGUAAAUUUGCAUCACGAAAUUCUACAUUACUUGUAACAAAAAGACAAGUUAUUAUAAAAGCUUUUGAAAGAAUAUCUGUAAUGCAAUUAAUACUACCUGCAGUAGUUAUAGAAAAUAAAAAUGUUUUAAGAGAAUAUCGGCUAUACAAGUGUUCAGUGAAUCUGGAUAAAGUGAAGACAGCUUCUAAUAUAUAUUUCAGACUACCUCCAGUUAUUUUGCAAUGGAUAGAUAGUAAUAUAAUUUAAAUAAGUAAAUAAUUUUUUAUUGUAAAUGUAUGUAAUAUGCUGCUCAGUAAAUACAUAUGAUUCUUUAGUAGAAAUUAAUUAUYGGAUGAAUGUAUAUUGAAAUGUUUUAAUGGUUUUAUUAUUACUAUCAGUAAUUAUAAGUAUUUAACUAUAAGUUUAUUUUAUUGUUAAACAUUAAAUAAAGAAUGGCCAUUAUAUUUGUAAMUGACAGUGUCAUUUAGAUAUUUGAAUAUGUUAAAAGGAUACCACUAAAAACUAAUUCAACUUUGU